CGGCGGGGUCCGGGGGCAGGAGCCGCAGCCGGAGCCCGAGCAGGGCAGGAGGCGUCCCGGGCACGACCCCCUACAGCCGGCCAGGGCUGCGCGCGGGUAACGGCCGGACGCUCCCAGGUGCCGCGCGGGGAGGAUAUGCAGGUUUGCAGCAUGGAGGAACUCUAAUUGAAAGAAAUAUUGAGACAAGGCCUCUUUCAACAUGGAGACUGUUUUAUUUGAAGGGGAACCCGACAGAACUUCGAAUCAUGGUGAGAUCAAAGACUCUCAUGGACCAUCAACUGUGGUAACAAACAGUGAUGAAUCACACCUUCUGACUCCAGGAAAGAUGAGCCAGCGCCAGGGGAAAGAAGCACAUCUCACUCCAACCAAAGAUCUACUCCAGCCGACGCUCAGUCCAGGAACAGUCCACAGCCAUGGUUUUGAUAGAGGGAAAGAUGAUGUGUCACAAAGUAAAGAAGAUUCAGCACAUUCAAUGUCAAAAAGCAAGUCUGAAUCCAAGCUUUACAAUGGCUCUGAUAAGGACAUCUCCUCUACUUCAAGCAAGCUCACAAAAAAGGAGUCUCUUAAGGUUCAAAAGAAAAAUUACAGAGAAGAGAAGAAGAGAGCGACGAAAGAAUUGCUUAGCACAAUCACAGACCCAUCAGUUAUUGUUAUGGCUGACUGGCUGAAGAUUCGUGGUACAUUGAAAAGCUGGACCAAACUGUGGUGUGUGCUGAAACCAGGAGUAUUGCUCAUUUAUAAAACCCCAAAAAAUGGCCAGUGGGUGGGAACAGUGCUCCUGAAUGCUUGUGAACUCAUUGAGCGGCCUUCCAAAAAAGAUGGCUUUUGUUUCAAACUUUUCCAUCCCUUGGAGCAGUCCAUCUGGGCUGUUAAGGGUCCUAAAGGUGAAACGGUUGGUUCUAUAACUCAGCCAUUACCCGGCAGUUAUUUGAUCAUCCGAGCAGCUUCAGAAUCAGAUGGCAGGUGUUGGAUGGAUGCUUUGGAACUGGCUUUGAAAUGUUCCGGUCUGCUUAAACGUACGAUGAUUAGAGAAGGUAAAGAGCAUGACUUGAACUCUUCAGCAGAGAGCACACAUGUUUCUCUCUAUGGCUUAUUGCGUGCUAACAACUUACACAGUGCAGAAAGCUUUCCAUUAAAUGAUAGUGAAAUUGAAAGGCAUCACUUUAAAGAUCAAGAUGUGUACUCUGACAAAUCUGAUAAGGAAAAUGAUCACGAUCAUGAUGAGUCUGAUAAUGAUGGCCUGGGGAAAAGUGAAGAAAGUGACACUGACACAUCAGAGCGACAGGAUGACUCUUACAUUGAUCCAGAACCUGUUGAUCUUAUCAGGGAAACUACCUAUAUGGAACAGAUUCAUGAAGAACUUGGAGAGGCAGGGGAAGCUUGUCAAACAGAAACUGUGUCAGAGGAGAACAAAAGCCUGAUCUGGAUGCUGUUGAAACAAGUCCGACCAGGAAUGGACCUCUCCAAGGUUGUACUGCCUACGUUUAUCUUGGAACCUCGUUCUUUCUUGGACAAACUCUCUGAUUACUACUAUCAUGCAGACUUCUUGUCUGAGGCUGCUCUUGAAGAGAAUGCUUACAAUCGUAUGAAGAAGGUAGUGAAAUGGUAUUUGUCAGGAUUCUACAAAAAGCCAAAGGGACUAAAGAAACCAUACAAUCCUAUACUUGGUGAGACUUUCCGCUGCAUGUGGAUUCAUCCCAGGACAAACAGCAAGACUUUCUAUAUUGCUGAACAGGUGUCUCAUCACCCUCCGGUAUCUGCCUUCUAUGUUAGCAACCGAAAGGAUGGGUUUUGCCUUAGUGGUAGUAUCCUGGCCAAAUCCAAGUUCUAUGGGAAUUCAUUAUCUGCCAUAUUGGAUGGAGACGGUCGACUAAUGUUCCUGAAUAGGGGAGAAGAUUAUGUAAUGACCAUGCCAUAUGCACAUUGUAAAGGAAUUCUUUAUGGCACAAUGACUUUAGAGCUUGGGGGAACUGUCAACAUUGCAUGUGAGAAAACUGGAUACAGUGCAACAAUUGAAUUCAAACUAAAGCCAUUUUUGGGCAACAAUGACAGUGUUAAUCAAAUAUCAGGAAAAAUUAAACUGGGCAAAGAAGUUCUGGCUACUUUGGAGGGCCACUGGGACAGUGAAAUUAUUAUUAGUGACAAAAAGACAGAUGUUUCAGAGACCUUCUGGAAUCCAACAUCUGAGAUCAGGCAGCGCAGAUUAACAAGAUACAUAGUGAAAUUUGACGAGCAAGAUGACUUUGAGUCAGAGAAACUUUGGCAACAGGUGACUCGAGCUAUAACCAACAAAGAUCAGACAGAAGCUACUAAUGAGAAAUGUGUUCUGGAGGAUGCUCAGAGAAAGGCUGCCAAAGAAAGGAAACUGAAGGGUGAAGAGUGGACCUGCAAACUGUUUGAACAGGAUUCAGUCACAGGGGAAUGGCACUACAAAUAUGCAGAAACCAGACCAUGGGAUCCACUGAAUGAUAUGAUACAGUUUGAAAAAGAUGGUGCCAUACAAACAAAAGUCAGGCAUCGGACACCAAUGGUUAGUGUUCCAAAAAUAAAACGAAAGCCAACCAGUCAGUCGAAGAAAGGAGAGUGCGGAUUCUCUUCCCCAGAACCUGAUAACCAGGACUCCUCUGGAAGUGAAGCACAACUACUAAAGCAUAAUACAAGAAUCAGAAAGAAGGGGGCAGACCUUGGUGAACUACAAAGUGCCAUUGAAUCUAUAAAAGAAACCCAAGAAGACAUUAAGAGGGAUAUUAUGGCUCUACGGAACCGUGUUACUUCAAAUUCACCUCCACUGGAAAACAAUUUCUUGCAGCUUAAGCACUAUGUCUUUAUUUUUCUCAUGGUUCUGGUGCAACUUAUCAUCAAUUUCAUGUUCAAAUAGAAGGUCUGAACAAAAGACUUUUUGAACUGGAAUACUUACUGGGACCAUAUUUUAAGUUGGUUUGGACUUUAAAUGAUGCAAUAUUAUCUAAAAGAGCCCUGUAGUUAA